ACCAGGUCGCGCUCGCCGCUGCUCCACACGCCUUGCUCCACACGCGCCACCACCAUGCCCGACACCGCUCGCGAGGCGGCUCCCUCAGCAUGAUGGAAAUGUUAUAACCCUGUUUUGGUCGCAUGACUGCCAUAACUGCAUGUUAUGUCCUGACGUAAUAUUGUUUGACUGCCAUAGGGGAAUAUAAUCGUUGGUGUCCGCGUGUCCCGUGUGUCCCUGUGAUGUGUGUUAUGUUUAUGGACAGUGUCCAAGGGGGGAGCUAGGAGGCACUCACCUCCUAGUGCCUCCCUGUGUCUCUGGUGGCUUUGCACAGUGCCAAGAGCCAACAAAGUCUAUGUCAUUUACCUGUGUGUUUUAGGAGGCUCCUGAGACCCGGAGCAGACAGCGGGAGACUCGGUGCCACCGAAAGGUAGUAUUGUGAGUGCCAGAUGGAGUGCCUGACGGAGGUGAUGCCCCGGGGCCGCUGUAACACGUGGCCCCCGCCGUCCCAGGACGAAGCUCCCUCCCAGCACUACUUCCCUCCUACGGCCAUGGCUCCUCACCAUGGGCAGCAAUACCCCGAGGUGGGCGACAGCGCCCCGUGCGGCCUCACCCCGGCUGCAGUGCCUGCAAACAGCAGCAAGAAGGGGGGCAGCACCCGCAGGAACGCGUGGGGCGGCAUGAGCUACGCCGACCUCAUCACCUCGGCGAUCAGCUCCUCCCCCGAGAGACGCCUCACGCUCGCCCAGAUCUAUGACUGGGUGGUGGCCAACAUACCUUACUUCAAGGACAAGGGCGAUUCGAACUCAUCCGCAGGAUGGAAGUCGUCUUUUACACGAGCAUAUAAAUGCAAUAGCGCCAAAGCUCAUACAAUUAUAUCGACGCGCUUCACACUUGAGGGUGAACUAGCCAAACCGGGUCUCACAUCUCGCUGA